UAAAACCUUAUUUUAAAAUAAAUAAAUUAAAAAUAAAAAUCCUCAUCUUCCUUCGCUCUUUGUCUGAGAUUUUUGAUGAUAUGGUCAUUACUGGAGUGUGAAUUAGGGUUUGUGUGCAGAUUUGUGAGGGCCAUGGGGUGCUUCUUCGGCUGUUUUCGAAUCAAGGACGAUCACCAACAUCGUCCCAAUGCCUCUUUCGUUUCUCAAUCCAAAUCCACUGAAACUAUAAUCUCUCAAAAUCGAUUAUCCGCCCUGUUUCUGGCUGAAGAGAAAGAAGAUUCUCUGUCCAAGGAUAGAAAAAGCCAUGUUUUUGGAUCUUCAGAACCUGAAAACAUUGACAAGGAGCUUAAGGAUGAGGCCAGAUUCCUUAAAGCAUGUGGCACUUUAGUGGAGACUCCAGCUGAAAUUCGGAAAGCAUCAAGGAGAUUGAAAAGUUCACCAUCCCAGGAUGGAGAUUUAGAACAUUCAAAAUUCCAUUCAUGGCUUCCCAACACAUCCAUCAAGAAGCUCCAAUUGGACAAGCAACCAGUUGAGCCACCUACUCCCAUUAAACAAUGUGAAGAAUGGCGAAAGGAGUCAAGUCUUUUAGAGCAAACACCUAGCAGCUGCAUAUCAAAUGGACAGAGUUCUACAGAAGGCAGUAUGGUAGGGAACAGUGAUGCGGUCAUCGAUGUUCAUCCUAAUCCAGUUGAUGACUCUGUACCUUCAGUUUCACCCUGGCUUUCAGCUCCAAAUGUUCAGCGCAGGAACAGGUCUGUUCGUUUUGAAUGUGAGGCUGAUGCAGCUCUAUUUUCCUCAGGAAGUGCUUCAUCUGAAAUUGCUAGCCAAACUUCAAAGAGAUAUGAAUCACCAAGUAAUCAUUGUGAAUCUAAGCUUUCCCCUUACCCCACCCCGCUAAAACUAAAUGAUGAAUUGCAAACGCCUGGAACUGUUUUCCCUGCGAGCCUGGGGAAUUUAGAGAAUGGGAAAAUUGCUCGGAUCAGGUCCCAGUAUGUCUACUCGGUCCUGAACCCUGUUGAGAAUUUUUCUCAGUGGAGUGCAUUGAAGGAAGAGGGUUCUCACUCAAAUCAAUUUUCAAGUAACAUGGGAGAAUCGCUGGAGUCGCUAGACGAUGCUACCCCCAAGGCACAUGUGGGGGCAAGAGAAACUUCAGUUGCUGAAGAUUUGAGAGUGGAAGCAAGCUUGUCUUCUUGGCUGAAGCCAUCUUCUUCUAUUCAGGAUGCAAAUGACCAAAAUUUCAAGGCUGUUCCUGCUGCAAAUCGUCAUUUUGGGAGAACUCCAGGUGACAGGCCUAUCAUUGGAACUGUUGCUGCUCAUUGGAAUGAAGAUGAGCCUACUCGUAUCUCUCCCAAGUGGUGGGAUGGUAAUGGAAUACCAAAUUCCACUAAUAAAUAUAAGGAGGAUCAGAAAGUGAGUUGGCAUGCAACCCCGUUCGAGGAGAGGUUAGAAAAGGCAUUAUCAGAAGAGAGUAUGAUCUCUCAAAGGAAGCAAAUUAAUGGGGAACCGAUAAAUUUUGAAGAGAAUGAGGAAAGUGACACAGCUUUAUCUCAGUUGCAGUCUAGGAGUCAUCCCAAGUCAGUGGUUUCUUUCUGAUAAAUGGUGAUGGUGGAUUGUCAUUUGCUCUGUUCUGUUGUGACUUAAAUGCAGGUCUGAAGUAUAUAACAUGAACUGUCAUGGUGUCCCCCUGAACUAUUGGGCUUAAUUCUUGGAAUGCAGUCGUUGUUAAUGGUUUAAUGUCAGCAGCAUGAGGAAGCUGCUUCCAGUGUACAUAAGCUGAGCAAACCUUUUGCUUUAAUGGCUUCCACAUUUUUUUUUUAAA